AUGCUGGCAAGGGACAGAGGCAGAGAUGGCUUGCCGUGGACCCUGUGCCUUGACUGUCGCCCUGAGCUCAGGGCAGGAGUAGGAUGCAAUAAACACCAAUCCCACCCCUGGGUACCUGGCAACUUUAAAGGAGGAUGCUCCGUCAGGAUGAAUAACAUGGCUCAGUCAAGAACUAGCUCUCUCCUCCUCUUCUACCUCAGUUUCUUGCUGCUCAUCCAUUUGAAAAAAUCACUCUGCGUGAAAGAUGGUCCCAGGUGCCUGUCAAACUCUUGCCAAAAGGACUCUGACUGCAGCGACGCUGCUGCUAUGGGCGGUAGUUGCCGCUGUCUGGACUCAUCGGCUGACCUCUCGGCAGAAGACUGUCCUAAAAAGGCCGACGAUCCUUGCGCCUCCAGCCCUUGUCUUCAUAACGCUACCUGUUCAAGCUCUGCGGGAAACCUCAGCUUUACUUGUGACUGCCCCACAGGGUACACGGGAGCUACCUGCGAAAACGCCACCAGCGGGUGUGUCUUGCAUUUCUGUAGGCAUGGAGGCACUUGCCAGGAGCGGCCUGGUGGCCUCGCCUGCCUCUGUACUGAAGGAUACACGGGUACGCAGUGUGAAACUGACAUGGACGAAUGCCUUUCCAACCCUUGCCUCAAUGGAGCAGUGUGCAGAGACAGGAGCAAUGGGUAUUCCUGCUACUGUGUCCCAGGCUACCAAGGAAAGCACUGUGACCUGGAAGUGAAUGAAUGUGUUUCAGAGCCUUGCCUGAACGGUGCCACAUGCCUGAACAUGAUAGGGAAGUACGACUGCCUUUGCCCUCUUGAGUACACAGGCAUCCACUGUGAAGAAGACAUCAAUGAAUGUCACACGAACCCUUGCCAAAAUGGAGGGACUUGUGAGAAUUUCGUUGGAAAUUACACCUGCCACUGCCCAGCUGGAGAGGAGGAUGGAAUAUUUUAUGGCGGCUGGAACUGUACGGAAGUCCUUCUCGGUUGCAUCCAACAUAAAUGCCAAAAUGGGGGGUUGUGCAUUCCCCACUUAAGAAAUGAACAACACAGAUUUAGCUGCAUAUGUUCAGCUGGAUAUACCGGAGUACACUGUGAAACAAUGACCACGUUGUCUUUUCAGGGAAAUGGGUUCCUUCAGGUUAACAGUAUCACAGCUCCUACCCAGGACUUUUUCUAUAACAUAAAUCUUAGUUUUCUGACUGUUCAACCAACAACUUUUAUAUUUUACCGAGGGGACAAAGACACAUUUGUGAAAUUGGAGUUACUGAAUGGCUACUUACAUUUAUCCGUGCAAGUCAAUAACCAAUCAAAGGCCUUUUUGCAUAUAGCACAUAAUAUCAGUGAUGGUGAAUGGCAUUCAGUGGAGGUAACCAUAGCAAGGACGGUUACUCUUAAGUUAGUCGAUAGCUCUUGUGCAGAAUCAUGUCUCAGUAAAACUGCUACCGCAAUAGAUAGUGAUCAACCAUUGUUUGCUUUUCAAAGCACAUUUUUUGGUGGUUUGCCCAUGGGGAACAGGAGUGGUGACUUUCUUCUUAACAUCUAUACUAUGAAUUCUGCACCUUCAUUUGUAGGCUGCCUUCAGGACAUUGAAAUAGACUUGAACAUUUUUAUUCCAAUGAACAUGUCAUCUGACUCAUCUUUAAAUGUCAAGGCAGGCUGCGUUAAAAAGGAUUGGUGCGAACAACACCCUUGUCAAAACAAGGGGCGCUGCAUCAACUUGUGGCUGAGCUCUCAGUGCGAUUGCUACAGGCCCUACGCUGGGCCAACCUGUGCUACAGAAUACAUUCCAGGAAGAUUUGGACAUGAGGAAUCUGUAGGGUAUGCUGCUUUUCCGCUAGAGGGUAGCGGCCACGAAAGCACAACAAUAUCAAUGUUUGUCCGAACACGCAAGCCUUCUGGCUUAUUAUUUUCUCUGAAAAAAAGCACAUCCCUAUUUCUUAAGCUCUGGCUGGAAGGUGGGAAACUCGUGAUGUCAGGUCCAAGCUCCAGCAAACUCUUAGGAACGCAGAGUGUGAACGAUGGAAAUUUCUAUUUAAUAUCUUUAAAAAUGGAGCCAAAUAAGACGGAGUUAUUCCAGUCAUCACAAAACUUGGGCUAUAUUUCUACACCCAUCCUGAAAAUUCAGAGUGGAGAUAUUAUCUACAUCGGUGGAUUGCCAGAUGACCAAGAAACCAAUGUCAGUGGUGGGUAUUUCAAAGGCUGCAUCCAAGAUUUAAGACUGAGCAACCAACCACUGGAAUUCUUCCCUGUCGCUACUUCCUUGGGUCCUGUCAUCAGCAAGAGCACACUCAUCAACAUAGCCCCAGGCUGCACUGGAGACAAUCUCUGCAAGUCCAACCCCUGCUGGAAUGGGGGUGUUUGCUAUUCAGUCUGGGAUGACUUCACCUGCACCUGCCCACCAAAUACAGCCGGGAAAGCUUGUGAGGAAGUGAAAUGGUGUGAACUCAGUCCUUGCCCCCAUGAAGCCCAAUGUCUGCUGGUGCAGCAAGGAUUUGAAUGUAUCGCCAAUGCCAUUUUUAGUGGCAGAAGCAGCGCAAUCUUUUACAGAAGCAAUGGGAAGAUCAGGAGAGACCUCACCCAUGUAGCCUUUGGCUUUCGGACUCGAGGCUCGGAUGUGAUGCUGCUUUAUGCAGAGAAGGAGCCCGAGUUCCUCACCAUCAGCAUCCAGAGUACCAAAUUAGUGCUCCAGCUGCAAAGCGGCAACAGCUUCUAUAUGCUGAGCUUAUCUAGCUCACAGACAGUGAGCGAUGGGAAGUGGCACCAGGUGAGCUUCUCCAUGACGGAGCCCUUAUCUCAGUCAUCAAGGUGGCGCAUGGAUAUAGACGAUGCCAAAGACGGUGCGACAAGUACAGUCGCCACGGGAAACCUCAACUUCCUGAGAGAAGAGACGGACAUCUAUCUGGCUGACAAAGCUUUUGACAACCUGGAUGGACUAAGAGGUUGCAUGAGCACAGUAGAGAUCAGUGGCAUCCACCUCUCCUACUUUGACAGCGCUGACGGCUAUACUAAAAAACCGCAAGAAGAGCAGUUCCUCAAGGUAUCUGCCAAUUCCGUUGUCACUGGAUGCCUGGAGUUGGACGCCUGCAGCACACAUCCUUGCCUGCAUGGUGGGACAUGUGAAGACUUCUACACUUACUAUCGUUGCACCUGCGCUGCGGGAUGGACCGGAAGCCACUGUGAAGUCAACAUUAAUGAAUGCGCAUCAAACCCUUGCGUGCACGGAAACUGCAGCGACAGAACUGCAUCGUACAAGUGCAUAUGCGAUCCUGGCUACACGGGGGCGAGGUGUGAAGAAGACAUUGAUGACUGCCUUGGCCAUCUCUGCGCAAAUGGGGCCACCUGUAUAGAUGGGAUUAACAGUUAUUCCUGCCUAUGCGCGGGGAAUUUCACCGGAAGGUAUUGCAGACGCAUACGAUUACCUUCGACGGUGUGCGGGAACGGGAACCGAAAUCUGACCUGUUACAACUAUGGCAACUGUACAGAGUUCCAAGGGCACUUAGAAUGCAUGUGUCUCCCGGGCUUCACAGGACAGCGAUGCGAGGUGGAUAUCAACGAAUGCAACUCGGAUCCGUGCCUCAACGGAGGCGUCUGCCAGAACUAUUUCAACAAAUUCCACUGCAUCUGCGACGUCAACUUCGCCGGCGACCGCUGCGAGAUAGACUUGACAAGUGACCUGGCCUCCAAUAUAUUCACCUCCAUUGGCUCCAUAACACUGGCCUUGUUACUGAUCUUCCUUCUGGCAGGCACAGUUUCUGUAGUGACUGCCAACAAGCGGGCGACCCAAGGGACUUAUAGCCCCAGCCGCCAGGAGAAAGAGGGAUCCAGAGUUGAAAUGUGGGACAUAGUGCAACCUCCGCCCAUGGAAAGGCUGAUAUAGCAAGGACCGUUGCUGUACCG